CCUCGCUGUGGCAAUGACCGAACGUCUGCAGCCGCUAUGACCCCCCGCGUUGCGCUCCUCUGCGUGCUCUUGGCGCUGUUGGGGCGACCUGCCCACGCCGAUACCGCUCUUGAAGGUUUCUACCACCACGAUUAUGAAGAGAACCUAACCACCACUCUGGUUUACACUGUUUCUCCCGUGCCCACUCUGCACCACAAUGAAACCCCACCGCUUCCGGAGAAAGACCCGCUCUUUCCCAAAGACCUCUUCUCGGAGGAACAGCGACGUAACGGGGCCAUCAUCCUUCACAUCCUCGGCGUCAUCUACAUGUUCGUAGCUCUAGCUAUUGUCUGCGAUGAGUUCUUCGUCCCAGCAUUGGAUGUCAUCAUCGAGAAGCUGGAUAUACAAGACGAUGUGGCCGGAGCGACUUUUAUGGCAGCUGGGGGUUCGGCUCCGGAACUCUUUACCAGCGUCAUCGGUGUAUUCGUGUCAUUCGACGACGUCGGUAUUGGUACCAUUGUCGGUUCAGCCGUUUUUAACAUUCUAUUUGUUAUUGGAAUGUGCGCAAUUUUUUCCAGAACCGUAUUGACGCUCACGUGGUGGCCUCUAUUUAGAGACUGUUUCUUUUACUCUGUUAGUCUCAUUACGCUUAUAAUUUUCUUCAGAGAUAGCUAUAUUUAUUGGUACGAAGCUUUGGUGUUAUUCAGCUUCUACAUAGCGUACGUUAGUUUCAUGAAAUGGAAUCAACCGAUGGAGAGGCUUGUUAAAAAACUUAUCUAUAAGAAUAAAGUGACCAGAGUUAGAAGUACUGAUCAACUCAUGCCAACGGUAAGGACGCAUUUUAGUGUUAAAAAGUUAAAAUACAUUCACCCAUUAUUAGUACCUAUCCCUUUUUUUACGAUCCCCCAUUUUUAUAGAUUUAAAACCUACAGUGGCACGAGUUUAGGAUUCAAGAAAACAUUUACAGAAAAUUAA